ACCAGGUCCUCAGGCGUCUAAGAGCUGACUCGGGGUGGCACCACCUGAAGAUCACCCCUAAUCCCGCUGGCUGCGGCCGUACCAGCUGCCUCCUCCACCCCCCAAAUCCCCUUCGGCCGCCGCCGCCCCUCAGUGAACUUGGGGCACCGUACCGGUGCGGCUUUUGGGCCCCCGGGCGGGCGGGGCGCGGUAGCGGCUUCCGGCAGCCCCGGGGAGGCACCGAAGGGCCGAGGCUUGCACAAGCCACCCCGGACCCGCUCCUGCUCCCUUCCUUCGUGCUGGGGAGGUCACAUGUGAAGCCGUCGGUGGGUCAGGGCGCUCCCGGCACGGCCGACAUGGCGCUGCGGGGGGGACGCGCCGCCCGCUUGACCCUCGGCUUGGCGCUGCUCUGCUCCGCGCUGGAGGCGGCGCCGGCCGCCCCGCAGCCCCGCUCCGCUGUGGGGCAGUUCUGGCAUGUAUCUGACCUACACUUAGAUCCGACUUACCACAUUACCCCUGAUCGCACCAAAGUUUGUUCUUCUUCCAAAGGAGCCAAUGCCUCCAACCCAGGCCCUUUUGGAGACUUUCUGUGUGAUUCUCCAUAUCAACUUAUUUUGUCAGCAUUUGCAUUCAUGAAGGACUCGAAACAGCAGGUUUCAUUCAUGAUUUGGACAGGAGAUAGCCCUCCUCAUGUUCCCAUAAAAGAACUUUCCACAAAGUUAGUCAUUAGCAUCAUUGGCAAUAUGAGUUCUACAAUUCGUAGUUUCUUUCCAGAUCUUCAGGUUUUCCCAGCCUUGGGCAAUCAUGACUACUGGCCACAGGAUCAGCUUCCUGUAACUACCAGUGAAGUUUACAAUGCUGUAGCAGAUUUCUGGAAACCGUGGCUAACAGAUGAAGCAAUCAAUACCUUCAGAAAAGGUGGCUUCUACACGCAGCUGUUUGAAUCCAGUGGUAGCUCUCAGUCACUCAGGAUAAUCAGUCUGAACACAAAUUUGUAUUACAGCCCCAACACUGUAACUGUGAAUGUCACUGACCCAGCCCACCAGUUUGCUUGGCUGGAGGCAAUACUGGAAACCUCUGUACAAAAGAAUGAAAAGGUUUAUAUAAUAGGACAUGUACCAAUAGGAUACUUGCCAUAUGCAAGGAAUACUACAGCUAUCAGGGAGUAUUACAAUGAGAGACUGGUAAAGAUUUUUCGGAAAUACAGUAGUGUUAUUGCGGGGCAGUUUUUUGGACAUACACAUAGAGAUAGUAUCAUGGUCCUCCUGGAUGAAGAAGAAAAGCCAGUGAACUCCUUGUUUGUGGCACCUGCUGUAACCCCAGUGAAGAAUGUGUGGCAAAUGGAGUCCAAUAACCCUGGUGUCAGGUUGUAUCAGUAUGAUCUUCUUGAUUAUAGCUUGCUGGAUCUUUGGCAGUUUUACUUGGACCUCAGAGAUGCCAACCAGAAAAAUGAAUCAAACUGGAAAUUAGAAUACAUCCUGACUAAAGCUUACGGCAUUGAAGACUUGAAGCCAGAAAGCCUAUAUGAAAUGGCCAAGCGGUUGUCUGUGCCACACAGCACGCUGUUUGAGCAGUAUUACAGUAACUUCAUUGUGAGUUAUGACAAAACCAUUGUCUGUGAAGAGGGGUGCAAGACCUGCCAAAUAUGUGCAAUCCAAUAUUUAGAUUACUCCUCAUACAUAGAUUGUAUAAAUCGUGAAGCAGCAUGGAGAUGAAACCUGUCUGCAAUCUGUGCUGACACUGACUUUAACCUGUGAUUUAAAGAAACUGCUCAUCCUUUUGCUCAAGCACUUUCAUUCUGACAGGGAGCCUGUGGGAUUUCUCUGAAUUUCAGGAAAGCAAUCAAUGUCCCUAGAUCUUUCUUCUUGUAAACAUGUUUUUCUUCCACAUCUAAAUAAACAUCUAGUCGCUAUGUA